GAAGUUUGACAAGUUUGACUCAGUCUCCCUCCUUGGUCCCACACUCGGAUAUCAGCAUCGCCAGAGAGAGUUUUGUACAAGUGGCGGAGAAAGUCCCUCUGGGCCCCUCUUCUUUCUCUCCGUAACUUUCCAGCUAACCCUCCCUGAGAAUGGGUGACUGGAGUGCUCUGGGUCGUCUGCUGGACAAGGUCCAGGCCUACUCUACUGCUGGGGGGAAGGUCUGGUUGUCGGUCCUUUUCAUCUUCAGAAUCCUGGUCCUGGGUACUGCAGUGGAAUCAGCCUGGGGAGACGAGCAGUCUGCCUUUAGAUGUAACACCCUGCAGCCUGGUUGUGACAAUGUCUGCUACGACAAAUCCUUCCCUAUCUCCCAUGUUCGCCUGUGGGUCCUCCAGAUCAUCUUUGUGUCAACGCCCACACUCCUCUACCUAGCUCACGUCUUCUAUCUGAACAGGAAGGAACAGAAACUCAACAGGAAGGAGGAGGAACUUAAAGCUGUGCAAAAUGACGGAGGUGAUGUUGACAUCCCGCUGAAGAAAAUUGAGAUGAAAAAGCUAAAGUAUGGCAUAGAGGAGCAUGGGAAAGUGAAGAUGAAGGGGGCUCUGCUUAGAACCUAUAUUGUUAGUAUUUUCUUCAAGUCUAUGUUUGAGGUGGGCUUCCUGCUUAUCCAGUGGUACAUGUAUGGUUUCAGCCUCAGUGCCGUCUACACCUGUGAGAGGUCCCCAUGCCCUCAGAAGGUGGAGUGCUUCCUGUCCCGACCCACAGAGAAGACUGUCUUCAUCAUCUUCAUGCUGGUGGUCUCACUGGUGUCCCUGCUGCUCAACAUCAUUGAGCUUUUCUAUGUCUUCUUUAAGAGGAUCAAAGAUCGCGUGAAGGGCAAACAACAGUCCACUCUCUACCCCAGUGGAGGCACCUUGAGCCCCACCCCUAAAGACCUGUCCACCACCAAGUAUGCCUACUAUAAUGGCUGUUCCUCCCCGACUGCCCCGCUUUCACCCAUGUCUCCCCCAGGCUACAAGCUGGCCACUGGGGAGCGGGGAACUGGCUCGUGCCGUAAUUAUAAUAAGCAGGCCAAUGAGCAGAACUGGGCAAACUACUCUACAGAGCAGAACCGGCUCGGCCAGAACGGUGGAGGAAGCACUAUUUCAAACUCCCACGCACAAGCCUUUGACUUCCCCGAUGAUACCCACGAGCAUAAGAAACUGUCCUCAUCAGCAGGACAUGAGCUGCAGCCGCUGUCGCUGAUGGACGCCAGGCCCUGCAGCCGAGCCAGCAGCCGGAUGAGCAGCCGAGCCAGGCCAGAUGACCUGGACGUGUAAGCCCUGGUUCUUCCUCCUCCCACCUCUGCCUGGCUGACGAGAUAUGCAGCUGAAGCCAGAGAAUCAGGAAACUCUCCAUCACAUAGGUUCAUAUAAGAGGUGGGACUAACCUCAAUCACUGUCUUCAGCAUAGAGACUCUUAGUCAAUCAAAGAGACAUUAAAACUUAUUAUGUAACACUGUCAAAGGUACAAGUUGCAAAUAUUUUUUUUUCCAGUGACUUUUACCAUAACUUGUUAGUGGAGCUAACCCCGCUGUAAGAGAACAGAACAGCCGCAGGAAUGGUCCCAGAGGAGGAGGAGCUCCUUAGAACCAGUCUCUAAUCAGUUCGAGAACAGAGGACCACACUGGUGAAAGGGACUUAUUUGGUUCGAAUUUACCAAGGUUGCAUUUUUCUUGUUUUCAUAGUUUCUGCUUUUUUUUUUUCCAACUGAUGACAGCAUUUGAUUUACCACUGCCAUAGAGGAGAUGUGAAGGACUGGUGACAACUUUACAACAGGGUGCCUUCUUAGUUGUGUCUUAAAUGUCUGGCCAGGGACACCAGAGAGAUACUAGCCUUCUAGGCUAAUGGUGGUCUGUUUGCAUUUCUUUUUUUCUGUUGAUUAGUGAGCUUUGUCUCUGUCAAAGAAAGUAAUUGAUUGAUUGAUGAAUUGUAAAUGAUGAAAGUAGAGUCCAGCUGGGCAACAAACAAAUCCCCAUACCCACAUGCCCUAAAUUCCUAAUUCUGCCAAUUGAUCUAAAGCAUCUAAUAUGGAAUUAGUAAUAUCCAUCCUGAUUACAGGCUGUAAUUAUAACAACAAACCCAGACUGUCCAUACCUGCAAUUUUUUUCCAGUGGUUUCCAAAACAGACUCAUAUGAAAGGCUCCUUCAGCUCUGUGGUUAAGGUGACUGGAAACUGCUAAUACGCCCAAAGUUGAAUUCACUCUUUGUCUCUAAGAGGUUUUCCUGUAGAAUGAUGUCACACUGUUUCCUACUUAGCUCCUGAGAGAGGACCAUCACUAGACGUAUGAUCGCAACAGGUCUCUGCUGGGGGAACAUGUAAACACAGGCCAGGUAGAUGUUGGAACAAAUGACAAGUGCUGUUGUUUUUCAGGUAAGGACAGUCCCUCACUUUGAUAUAAACCUGUGUGAUCAAUUGCAACGACAUCAUUCAAUCGACAUUCCACCUGUGCUAACACUGUGUGAUGGACUUGGCCACACUUGCAGUGAGUUGCUCUUAAGGUUUGCUUGUGUAAUAAAGCUGAAUUUAUGUGUAAAUCAACAUUAUUAUUAUUAAUGCUUUUUUUUGUUUUAACUUACACCCUAACUAUCCUAACCCCAUUCUCAAUUAAAACCACCUUUUAGUUUCUCAGUCACAACAGACAGGAGUUAUUGUAUUGAGUGAAGUGUUUACCACACGGCUCAUCCUUUACAUGUGACUUACAGUAAGGCUUUUGAGGAGAAUGCUUAAUGUCAGUUGUAGUGAAUAUUUAUUGUAGGACACCUACCACUAAGAGGACAAAUUGACUACUAUCCAGUAUCUCUUACUCACAGAAAACAUAUUACAUCAACUCCCCACCAACUGUAUAUUUAUUGACAGUAAAAAUAAAAAAAAAUAUUAUUUUUUUUUCUUUAGUAACUUUGUCAGUCAGCGUGGACUGUUGUUUCCUGAUAAACUUUGAAUUUAUGUGGUCUUAUGUUUUCAUUUUGUGGUUUUAUUUGUCUUUUUUUUUGGGGUGUGUGUGUAAGAGUGGCAGGGCUGAGGGUUCAGGCUGCUGUGGCACAGCAAACUCUGAUCUGCUUUUAUGUGGGUUCCAUAAAGAAAGGCUUUAUUACUGUCAUUCAUUCGACAUGUGUGUUCUCUCUCUCUUUUUUUCAUCUUUUGUGGGCAGUAGAGACAGACAGUAGAAUGAUUAUCUGUGUUUUUACAUAUUUGAGUGAGUGAUUUCUUUGUUUUGUAGGUAAUGUUUUGAUUUCAGACUCAGAUGUAACCGUUGCUGCUUGAGAAAUAGAUAUUUAGUACUGUAAAUCAAGCUAACUGUGUCACAAUAAAAUGUGAGUUUGUAGAAGACUGCUUAUAGAUCUGGACUAAUAUUUAGUCAGUUAUAUUAAAAUGUAUGCCAAUGUAGCUCCACAACUACCCAUCUCUAGGAUAAAUCUCAAUUUGGGCUUCUUUUCUUUAUUUUGUCUUUUUUUUUUUUUUAAUUGUCAAUUGUGCAUCAUUUUGUUGGUACUUACAUAUGUCAUGGAUCUUUCAGCUACAAUGGCUUUUGCACUGAGAUCUUGGUGAUAGAGAUGUAAUAUGAUGCACACAGUAAGUGGUAAGAGUUUUCUGAUGCAAAUGUUACUAAUUUAUUUUAUAACACAGAAAUCACUACAGUGCAGAAUAUCAGACAUCUGACCACUGGUUUCAUUGAUUGGUUCUGUGAGAGAUGUGUCUUCCAUUGACAGAACAGGAGCAAUAGUCAUUUGUUGCAGUUAUUCAGACAAUGCUAAUCAAUGGGGGUCCACUGUUGUACAGUGUAAGUGCAUGAUAGCAAAACGAAAACCCAUUAAUUGUACCUGUGAAAAGCUAUUUUAACCAAUAAAUAUUUUUCUUUCUUAA